AUGGCACCCUUGAUAUUCUUCUUGCUUUGUACUCGGAUCGUCUUCCUCAUUUUGCUUCCUACUUCCUUUGCUGAUUCCCUAUGCCGUCCAGAUGAGAGCUUUGCCUUGAUGGAAUUCAAGCAAAGUUUCAGAGUCGACAGAACAGGGCGGCGUUGUGAUUAUCCAAAGGUUGAAUCGUGGUCACUAGCUCGACAUGGAGAUUGCUGCUCAUGGGAUGGCGUAAAGUGCGAUGAGGCUACCGGUCAUGUGACAGGUCUCGACCUCAAUGGCAGCUGUCUCUCUGGUACCAUAACUUCCAACACUAGCCUCUUUCGCCUAUUCCAUUUGGAAUCGCUCAAUCUCGCUUUCAACAACUUCAGCUUUUCCUCAAUCCCAUACGGCUUUGGCAAUCUUUCCAAGUUACACUACCUUAAUCUCUCUAAUUCCGAAUUUUCCGGGAAAGUCCCAUCGGAUAUCUCAAGGCUCUCGAGAUUAAUUUCUCUUGAUUUGUCUUGGGAGCGGUGGGAUCUUGAGACGCCCAACCUAGGCAAUUUUGUUCAGAACUUAACUAUGCUUAGAGAACUUGAUCUCUCUUCUAUAAGCAUGUCAUCACCAUUCCCUCAUGUACUUGCAAACUUGUCCUCUUUGAAGUCGCUUAAACUUGAAUCAUGUGGAUUGCAUGGAGAAUUUCCUGUGAGCAUCUUUCAGUUACCAAACCUGGAAGUCCUCGACGUCGGAGAUAAUUACAACCUUUCUGGUUUUAUCCCCGAACUACUUUGGGGUAGUCGCCUGAAAUCAUUGUCUCUUUCGGGAACGAAUUUUUCGGGGGAAAUACCUGUUUCGAUCGGAAACCUUGUUUUGUUGAAUGAAAUAUCAAUUUCGGAAUGUGGUUUCUCGGGUUCACUUCCUGGUUCAUUGGGUAAUCUUUCGGAGCUGGCGCAUUUGGAUAUAUCAGCAAAUAAAUUCCAGGGUCAAAUCCCCGAUUCCUUCGCUAAUCUUACCCGGUUGUCAACUCUAUCUCUCUUGUCCACUAAUUUCACCGGUGGCAUUUGGCAUUGGCUUGCCAACUUGGCAAAACCGACCGAGUUGAGCCUUUCGGAUGCUCAGCUAGGCGGUCCAAUUCCAUCUUUAGUCGGGAACUUGACGCGGUUGGUUUGGCUCGACCUUUCAUUCAACAAUUUGCAAGGUGAAAUCCCAAACUCAUUAUGGGAACUCAAGGAUCUUGAAUUUCUGGAUCUUUGUAGGACUAAUUUGAGUGGCACCGUGGAUUUGCACAGACUCGAGAACUUGGAAGAAUUAUAUUUGGACUUCAUCAACAUAUCUUUUGUUAGCGGGACCGAGAUGAAUACCACGCUUCCAAAACUUUCCAGUUUAAAUUUAGAGUCAUGCAACUUACAUGAAUUCCCCAGGCUUUUAGGCCACCUAAGCGGAUUAGGGUCAAUAGAUCUUUCACACAAUAAAAUCGGAGGGAGUAUUCCUACUUGGAUGGGGAAUGGUAGCAAAGAAUCCUUGGAGUAUCUGGAUCUUUCUCACAAUUUUCUAACUGGCUUUGUGGACAACCGCAUCAAUCUGCUGCUGCCUAACUUGAUUUAUCUUGACAUUAGUUCUAACUCGCUCAAAACGGGACUCCCUACUCCACCUCCAUCAGUGUUUUAUUGCAAUAUCUCCAACAACAUCCUCUUCGGAGAUAUUCAAUCUAUUUGUAGAGCCAAGUUCCUUGUCACUCUUGAUUUGUCCAGCAAUAGUCUGAAUGGCACAAUUCCUUCAUGUCUCAAAAACAUUCAUUCUUUGGAAGUUUUGAAUCUUGGAAAAAAUAAACUUGAGGGUAGCAUUCCUCAGGCUUACCCAAAUGGUUGUGCGUUGAAUUUUAUUGACCUCGCAAAGAAUCGAUUGCAAGGGCCUGUCUCAAGAUCUUUGGCCAAUUGUACAAUGCUAGAGUAUUUGAACCUUGGUCACAAUCAAAUUCUCGAUGGUUUCCCUUCAUGGCUAUCGGAGUUGACCAACCUGAAAGUUAUUAUCUUGAAAUCUAAUAACUUCCAUGGUCCAAUAAAACCACCUCAAAGCCAGUUCAAUUUUAGCAACUUGCAUGUCAUGGACCUUUCCGACAAUAGUUUCAAUGGUGAACUUCCUUCCAAGUUGUUGCACAGUUUCCAUGCCAUGAAAGUAGUUGCUGCUCAAGAUCAAUUGGAAUAUAUGAGUAUUUGGGAACAGUCCUCUAUGUUUGGAAUGUCCUGGGAUUAUGGAAUGAAAUUGACGAAUAAAGGUACAGAAAGGGAUUACUCGCAGGUUCCAUAUGCCCUUAUGGGAAUUGACCUCUCCAACAACAAAUUCGAAGGAUGCAUACUUGAUCUCAUUGGAGAUUUGAAGUCACUUCUCAUGCUUAAUCUUUCGAACAAUGUUCUUACUGGUUCCAUCCCGCCUUCCUUAGCAAAUCUGACAAAGUUGGAAUCUCUAGAUCUUUCUCGAAACAAGCUCUCGGGAGAGAUUCCUCCACAGCUAGCCCAACUUACAUUUCUUUCAUAUUUCAACGUCUCUCAUAAUCAACUGUUGGGAUCAAUUCCACGAGGGAGUCGGUUUAACACAUUCACGAUUGAUUCAUUUGCCAUGAAUGAGGGGUUAUGUGGAAGUCCUUUGCCAAAAAAAUGCACAACGUUUGGGGAUAACUUACCGGUACCGCCAUCUCCCCAGGAAGAAAUCGGCGAAGAGUCUCCGUUCAACUUGGAUCGGAAAUUUGUGCUAAUUGGGGCUGGAGUCGGGUUUCUGAUAGGGGUUGUGUUGGGGAAUUUGAUCAUUGACGAGAAGAGUAGGUGGUUCUUGCACUACUCCAAGAGGAUGGCAAAAAGAUGGAACAGAUCGAGAAGGCUCUAA